AUGUUGAUAACAGCAGUUCAUCUUGUAAUGUCAAUUUUAUGUAAGCAUGACGAAAUGGGAAUUAAAAACAAUUUCCAAACAGAAGAGAGAGGUGAAAUCAAUGUGAAGUUCAAAUUCAUUGCAAACGAGAUAAUGCUUGAGCAGAUGUUAAGAGCUCUUUCGGUGUUCAUUGUUGAGUUUAAUAGGAAUCAAAAUUUAAAUUUCUCUCACUUAACAACAAUGACUGAAGAGCAUCUUUUCGGUUUGCUGCGCGUUAUGAGUCAUUUUAAAUAUGAUUUAGAUACGGCUAUGACGACAUUGGCUCAAACAAAUGAAGUUCUUCGGAUAAAUUUCCAAUAUGAAAUGGAAUGGAGAACACCAGGUCGUGAUUAUCAAACAGGAAUUACAUUUAAUCCAGAUAAAUGUACUGUAAACAUUCCUAUCGACAUUUCUCCAUUUGUAACAGCUAACUCCCUUUUUCUUGCUGCUAACUGGGACAUUCCUGAUGCUGAUGGAAUAGAAGUAUUCAAGAAGUUUGUGAGUGAAGUUGUUAAAGUCCAUUCACCUAUCCAUAUUUCUGCUUACAUCUGCAGUCCACUCUCAGGAGUCAAUAUUACUUCUAGAUACAAAGUGGAUAUAAAAGGCGAUGACUCUGAAGAGAGUAUACCUAUUGUUCAUCAAACUCCUCAAAUCUUUGUCAUGAAUCAAACCUCAUGA